AUAGAAACAUGCACACGAAAGUAAACUGUCAAAUUAUUUGUCAGUGCUUGUUUACUAUCUGUGGAGUGAAGUUCGAAAUUUGGAUUUGUUGUGAUAACUGUGAUCAGUGAUAGUUCGAGGUGUCUUUGAGUAAUGUAGGUUAUUAUGAAAUGAUGAUGUGUGUGGGUGCCGGCGAUGGCAACUUAAGUGAAGCACGGAACUUGUAUCAGCGAUUCAUAGAAGGUAGACCAGCUGAUGAAGCCAGGCAACUGCCUUCACUGCAUUGCUUCAGGAAAAUGGUCAAUCGCCUACUGCAUUUAACGGGCUCUUUCCACGCGUCAUCUGAGACUGGCCGCUCGGCGACCCGUGAUCCGGAGUUUGAAGAAGCCGUACUAGCCGUGCAGCCAACCCAAGGACUACCACGCGAACCUUACCACAUGCAACGUACGCCCGAGCUAAUUCCUGCUUACCUCGUGUGGCAUUCUGAGAAUGGUACCGAGUUCAAGUGGAAAGCUCACCAGACUUUGCUUCGAAAGUGUUGUGGACAGAUGAAGCGGCAGGUCUGUGCAUCGAACGGGGAUGACGACAUUUCGAACCUUUCUUGUAAAACUCGCCGACGUGCCGCCGACUCGGAUUGUUCCAAUCGGCCGCCGACUCCUUUUGACGUUGCCGCCAAAGCCGCCGCCCGCUCGAAUUUCGUACCUAUCGCGGCCGUGCGAGCGUCACGAGUACCAGGCGACCAGGACGCGCUAGGAGAUUUGUGUAGUGCCAAUAUUUGAGUGGAUUAAGAACAGUGACCUCAAUAGUGCUGUGCCGUGUUUUUUACAUGCUGGAAAUAUUAAAAUAUUUUUUUAACUGAAAUUUAAAAAAAUAUCAAAAGUGUUUUUUUUUAAUUGAAAUUUUGCAGAUAAGAUCUACAUAAGGUAUAGUUUUGUCCCCUUU